GAAAUUGGAGGGCAAGUGCCAUGUGGUGAUCACAGGUGUUUGCACAUGGCUUCUCUCAUUUCCAAGCUAUUGAGACUGUAAAUCAAUGCAAGGAAACCAGGGGUUUUGGGGUCUUCAAGAGAAUCAGUCACAGAUAAACACCACUUGAUUGGCGAUAGUAAAAGAAAACUCUGUACUUUGGGAGCAAUGGGGUGCUUGGGAAAUGUGAGUCUGCGAGGAAAGUUUAAAUUUCACAUUCACUGCAGGUCCAGUUAUAUCAGCAGUAAAUUUUGUCUUUCUUUAUUGUAACUUGUUUUUCCCCAUUCGCAAAUCCAGUUCCGGUGUUACCUGUGUUCCUCAAAUCUCUAAAACACAGGUAAUAGUCAGCAUACAUUCACAUUUUCUCCUUCACACUGCUGCUUGAAAUCUCAUAUAAAACCAUCUUUCCUUUUUUUUUGUUUGUCUUUCAUGCAUGGUACUUGAACAGAAAAAGGUUGUUUGAGAUUAAAUUCAUGCUCUUCGAAUUCUGCAAAUAUCCUUAAUCUCCUCAAUUGCAUAGUUUUAAGUCUACUAGAACAGUUUUAUGUGUACUAGUCUGAUUAUCAACCCAGUAUCUUAGUUAGCUCUCAAUGGAGCUAGCUAGAAAAAUUACGCUGUUUUCCCGUUUCAUGUUUUUCUAAAUAUUUUUCAUCAUCUCUUUCCCCAUCGCCAAUAGAUCUCACUUGCAGAUCUGUGAGUCCAGUAAAAAAAAAAAGAAACGACCUUUUUGUAAACUAACAACAGUUUAAAGCAAGAGCUAGCUUUUCUUAAUAGUCCAUGAAGUACUUGGAAAACAAAACUGAUCAAUAUCAUCAAAUGGCUUCUCCUUUUUGUUUCUUCAAAAAGCCACUAGUUUCAUGGGUUGCUGUUCUUGUUCUUUCUCCAGUUUUUGCUGGUUUUUUAAGCUUGGGAUUCUUAUCAUCAGUACUUUUCAUAGCUAUAGUGUUGAUUGUAUCCGUUUCUUUCUUAACAUUCACAAAGCAAAAACCAGCUUCAGUAGUAAACAAUUCAGUCACUGAAGAGGUUCCUGAGUCAACUGAUGAUCUCCAGGACGCUGUAUCAAUGAAGCAGCCUGAAAGUGAAACUAUGACACCACACAAGGAAAAAGAAGAAGAAGAAGAAGAAGAAGAAGAAGAAUUAAAAGAACAUCAGAUUCAAGACUACUCACUCAGAUCAUCAGCUGACAUGUUAUCAGAAAGUGAAAGCUUUAAUCAUCCGUCAACUAGUGAAGAUUCUGAAGUGGACUGGCCAUUCCAAGACAUUGUGUACCAGAGUCCAGAUUGCUCGGACGGAUCUAUUUCUGAUGAAGAAAGUCUAAUUGAAAUUGCUCUUCCCAGUGGGCACUAUGUGGAGCCCAAGGAAGAAGUUGGACCCAAGUUCAGUAGUUUGCAGCAGUCCAUUCUGAAGCAACAUGGUUUAAUGGAACUCUUGGCAGAAAUAAAUGAUAUGAAUGAAGAAGACAACUUGAUUGAGAUUGACAUAUCAAUGGGUUCCAUCAAAUGUUCAAGGUUGGAAAUUGAAGCAUGAGUUUUAUUAUCAUAGUUACAGCUUGAUCAUCAGUAAGUUUAUAGUUUUUGAUCCUUGAUGAUGAGGAUUUGGUGUUAAAGAUUAGGGCACUAGAGUUUCAAACAUUCAACACUUCUGUGCUGCUGUGUUAUAAUAUAUAUAUUGUUGUUAACUGUGAAGCUUCUGGUUUAAUGUUCAAUCUUGCACCAAGCAACAUUGGAUACCCAUUAAAGAGAAGAAGUUGUAUUAUGGCCACUUUAUUUUUCAUCUUUAAUGCACAUUAAAGUGUUGAAAGUUCAAAGGCUCAGGCCUCCA